AUGUCUGAAUCAUUAUCUCUUAAAAACUGUAAAGAUCUUGUUAAACUCUUACUUAUUAUUGUAUUCCUUUUAUAUUUGGCAUAUCUUAUAUAUAAGGUUAUAACAGAUAUUCCAACUAAUUCAACCGGAUAUGCUAUAGUUGAUGAAUUGGAUGCUCCCGAUAUAGAAAUAUGCUCGAAUUCCGGAAGUUUGAUCUUGCGUUGUGACUUCAAAUGGCUCGACCAGACAGUUACUAGGAUAAAUAAUUGUAGUGAUUAUAUUAUUAAUGAAGUAGUCAGUCUUGGUGCCCAUCGAAAUGCUUGCAAGACAUUCAAGGCCAACAAAACCAUCAAAUAUACAGAUCCUAAUAAGUCAUUAAAUGGUUUGAGAGAGAUUGGUUUUUACUUUAAUAUUCCAAACAUAAGUGCAGAAGAAGCAACCAGUAUUGGCAUAGCUUCUCUUUCCAUACAGCUGACUUCUCCUGAUUUCAACCCACUGCUGAAUCCAGAUCAAGUUAUAAGUAAUAUGGACAAGGCCGUUUUGUCAAAUCUGGUACUUCUAUGGGAUUUUAUUGCUGGAAUGGCUAAUUAUGCUGCAGUGGUUAAAUUUAGGACAAUUGCUUAUAAGUCUAUUCUUCCGAAUGAUGCCAAUGCAAUCAUCGGAUUGGCUCCAAAACAUCAUGUUACCUAUUAUUUAGAAAGCGAUGCCCAUUAUUUUCCUUUUAAUAGUAACACAACGAGAUUACCAAAUGGUACAACUAGCUACUUUUCUGUAGCUGCUGGUAGUUUUAUUCAAGAACAAACCAUUGAGCAACGUUCGUACACAGUUUUCAGUGCCCUUGCAGCAGUCGGUGGCUUUUCUGGCAUCCUAUUAGGUGUUUAUGCGUUUUUGUUUGGGAAAUCUAUAAAACCAUAUGGCUAUGUUCAUAGUUUAUUUGAUAGUGUACCUAAAUUUUAUACAAAUACAGAUGAUAAUAUUAAUUCUCGUGUUGCUUUAAUUGAAGAAUAUUUACAAAACUUUAUGCAUAUUAAAAGGGAUGAUGAGGAUAAAGAAGUUUAG